UUGCAGAUGGCUUACUCAAAGAUGAGAUGUACACACAUUUUUAUUUUGGUUCUGGGGGCCCUUUGCUUGUAUGUUAGUGUGUACAAUCUGACUCCUUUUAAAGAAGAGCUGUUUGUUUUCAAGAAAGAAAGUGGGAACUUCCUUCAGCUCCCGGAAAUAGACUGCAGAGAGAAUCCUCCCUUCCUUGUCCUGCUGGUGACUUCCUCGCACAGACAGGUGGCCGCUCGGAUGGCCAUCAGGCAGACUUGGGGAAGAGAGAUGGUCGUGAAAGGAAAACAAAUAAAAACCUUCUUUCUCCUGGGAAUCACAACCAAAGACCAGGAAAUGACAGUAGUGACCCAGGAAGGCCAGCAAUACAGAGAUAUUAUCCAGAAGGACUUUGUGGACGUCUAUUUCAAUUUGACUCUGAAGACCAUGAUGGGCAUCGAAUGGGUCCACCACUACUGCCCUGAGGCUGCCUUUGUGAUGAAGACAGACUGUGACAUGUUUGUAAACGUCUACUAUCUGACUGAACUACUUCUAAAGAAAAACAGAACAACUAGGUUUUUCACUGGCUUCUUAAAAAUGAAUGAAUUCCCAAUUAGGGAUAAUUCUAGUAAGUGGUUUGUCAGUAAAUUGGAGUACCCGUGGGACAAGUACCCGCCUUUUUGCUCUGGCACGGGCUAUGUUUUUUCUGGUGAUGUUGCAAGCCAAGUAUAUUAUGUUUCUGAGAGCGUCCCCUUUAUUAAAUUAGAAGAUGUGUUUGUGGGGCUCUGCCUGGAGAAACUGAACAUUAAGCUGGAGGAACUUCACUCGGAGCAGACGUUUUUCCCUGGAAGGUUGCACUUUUCCACAUGUCGCUUUAAGAAAAUUGUGACCUGCCAUUUUAUCACACCUCCACAAAUGUCGACCUAUUGGCAGGCUCUGGAGAGCUCCCUGGGAGAAAUGUGCCCAGUUUCCUGAGGGAAGCCUAAAGGCACAUCCGGACAAAGGUCAGACAACCCACAGUGAUCCUUGUAGGAAGCUGUUGGAUGGCCUUGCUGAGAGUCCUCAAGGGUGGGAGAGGGAGGAGAGUAAGGAUGAUAGCCUGCAGGGCUCUAGAACCAAGCUAGAAAAUAAGCAUAAAUGAAACCACUGAUUAAUUUCCAUUUGGUGCCCCAAGCAAUAGUAGAUAGCACCCCUGGAUGACCUUCAUUACUGUCCUAAGUGUUGGAUAGACGCCUGUUGUUGUUCUUCUUAGGUGCCCUAGAGUCGAUUCCAACUCAUGGCGACCCUACACACAACAGAACAAAACACUGCCCAUACCUACGCCAUCCUCAGAAUUGUUGCUAUGCUUGAGCCCAUUGUUGCAGCCACUGUGUCAAUCCAUGUCAUUGAGCU